AUGUCACUGUCUCGUUUGGAUGUUGUGAUCUUCGGUGCAAGUGGCUACACAGGAAAAUAUGCAGUCUAUGAAGCUGUGAAGAUUCUUGAAAAUUAUAAAUGGGGUAUUGCUGGACGUAGUAGAACAAAACUAGAAAAUACAUUGGCAGAAAUGGGGAAAAAGUCAGGAAAAAAUUUGUCAAAUAUUCCGAUUAUUAUUGCUGAUGUUAAAGACGAAAAUUCCCUCCUGAAUAUGGCAAAGCAAACGAAAGUUAUCGCGAAUUGUUGUGGCCCUUAUCGUUUCUUUGGUGAACAAGUUGUUAAAGCUUGUAUUGAAGCUGGCACACAUCAUGUUGAUGUUUCUGGCGAACCACAGUACAUGGAAACGAUGGAACUAAAAUAUCACAACUUAGCACGUGAAAAAGGAGUUUAUAUCGUUAAUUCUUGUGGAUAUGAUUCAAUCCCAGGUGACAUGGGGAUUGUGUUUUUGGAGGAUAAAUUUAAUGGGACUGUGAAUUCUGCAGAAGGUUAUUUUAGAAAUUAUUAUUUAAAUAAUAAAAGUUCUGGACCUGGGCUUAACUAUGCAACUUGGGAGUCAGCGAUAAAUGGUCUCAUUCAUGCUAAUGAGUUGAAAGGAAUUAGAAAGAAAUUGUUCACUACAAAAACACGCUUUUCACCUCAAUUGAAAAAUCGGUCAACAAUUCAUAAAUCAGAAGUUGCCGGUGAUCGUUAUUGUCUUCCUUUUCCAGGGUCAGACCGAUCUUGUGUCAUGAGAAGUCAACAACAUUUUUUCAAGAAUGACAACAAACGACCUGUGCAAUUUCAAGCAUAUUCUGCUUAUGAUUCUCUUCUCACGACUUUAAACGUGUUGUUUGCCGGAACAAUUUUGAAACUCUUAUCAAAAUUCUCUUUUGGUCAGAAAAUGUUAUUGUCACAUCCUGAAGUUUUUACACUUGGAUAUGUUUCACGUGAAGGAGCCAAUGAAGAGAAGAGUAUCAAUACAAUUAGUGAAGUGAUAUUUCAUGGCGAAGGUUGGAAAGAAAAAUCACAAAAUGCAACUGAUGAAAUUAUUUUGCCAAUAAAUAAGGAAAUCAUUACUCGUGUGACUGCAGCAAAUCCCUACUAUGGUGCUGCUUGUGUUGGUCUUCUUUUAGCUGCUACAACAAUUCUAAAUGAAAGUUCUAAAAUGCCUGGAAGUGGAGGCGUUUACGCACCUGCUAGUGCCUUCAAACAUACAAGCUUCAUUAAUGAAUUAGAGAAACAUGGAUUCACAUUUGAAGUUGUUAAACUCAAAACUGUAACAAAGUGCGGUCGAUUUAAGAGUAAACUUGUCAAAAUGUCUUCUGAACGUUUAGAUGUCUUAAUAUUCGGUGCAAGUGGAUACACCGGAAAGUACACGAUUUUUGAAGGAAUUAAAGUUCUUAAAGAUUUAAAAUGGGGAGUCGCCGGUCGGAAUAAGCAAAAACUUGAAGGAGUUUUAGCUGAGAUGGGAAAGAAAGCUGGUGAAGAUCUUUCAAAAAUUCCAAUCAUUAUUGCUGAUGUUAAAGAUGAAAAAUCUUUAGUGGAAAUGGCGAAGCAAGCGAAAGUUAUUGCGAAUUGUUGUGGCCCUUAUCGUUUCUUUGGUGAACAAGUUGUUAAAGCUUGUAUUGAAGCUGGCACACAUCACGUUGAUGUUUCUGGCGAACCACAAUAUAUGGAAAGCAUGCAACUGAAGUAUAAUCAACAAGCACGUGAGAAAGGAAUUUACAUCGUAUCAGCUUGUGGUUUUGAUUCUAUUCCCGCUGAUAUGGGAACAGUUUUCUUACAAGAAAAGUUUGAUGGAACAGUGAAUUCUGUUGAAACAUAUUUAUGGAGUUACGCAUUGAAUCAUUACAAACCGAAAGGUGCUGCACUUCAUUUUGGAACUUGGGAGUCAGCAGUUUAUGGUCUUGCACAUGCUAAUGAAUUGAGAGGAAUCAGAAGUCAACUUUUCCCAAAUCGAGGACCACGUGUCACUCCUAAAUUAAAUAGUCGUUCGAUUAUCCAUAAAUCUGAAUUUGUUGGCAAUCGCUGGUGCCUUCCAUUUCCUGGAUCAGAUCGUUCGGUUGUAAUGAGAAGUCAACGUCAUUUCUUCGACAAAGAUAGACAAAGGCCGGUUCAAAUGCAAGCCUAUAUUGCCUUCGCUUCAUUCCUUCAUGUACUUGGAGUUAUUUUUGUUGGUGCAAUUUUUGGAUUGAUGUCUCGUUUUGCUUUUGGUCGUAAAUUGUUAUUGGAUUAUCCUAAAAUAUUCUCAUUCGGAAUGGCAUCGCAUGAAGGUCCCGAAGAAAAAACAAAUGAAAAUGUUGCUUUUGACAUGAUUUUCUACGGUCAAGGCUGGAAGGAUAAGCUUAUUGAGCCAACUGAUCAAUUUGAUGAACCGAUGAAUAAGAAAAUGGUCGUUCGAGUGUCAGCUGUUAAUCCUGGAUAUGGUGCAACUUGUGUUGCUCUCUUGUUGACUGCAACAACAAUCUUGAAGGAGAACUCUAAAAUGCCCGAAAAUGGAGGAGUCUUCCCACCAGGUGCUGCAUUCAAAAACACUAAUUUGAUCAAAGAAUUACAAAACAAUGGAUUCACCUUCGAAGUAACCAAGGUUGAAGAAUAA